AUUUCAACAGAUAUUAGUGAGAGUGAGCUUGAAUGAAUUGAAUCAGUAAAUAAAUUUUAAAAAUGAUGAAAAUGUGGUGUAAAAGAUCAGUGCUGCUUGUUUCACUGAUGAUGAUCAUAUGGAACACAAGUGCAACAACAACAACAACUGAAAAUAAAAUUGAGUUGAGAUGGAGUGAGUCACUGGAUGAUAAACUUGGACAAACAAAAUUUUCAAUAAAAACAAACGACAGUAUGACAAAUUUUAUGAUGAAACAACACAAUCAAUGGUUUUCUGUAAAUUCAAAUGGUGAUUUGAUUCUAAAAAAAAAAUUGGAUUACAAAAAAUUGGAAAACGACAAGACCAUUCAUUUUCCAGUAUUAUACAAAAAUAAAACAACAUCAAGAUAUGAAGAUCUCCAUGUUAUUAUAAAAAUAUAUAAUAUUGAUGAACGACCGUACUUUGUAAAUCAUGCUGAAUCAAUGAAGACAAUUUUACCACCCAUGGCAUUGACACAGCCCAACUAUAAAGUAUACAAAUUCAAAGCAAUUGAUCCAGAAUCAAAUUCUCCAGUGUUUUAUAAGACAGAAAAAUUAUCUGGUGCUAGUUUUAUUGUCAAUGAAACCACUGGUGAGGUACGAGUUAAUGGUAAUCAAGAUUUUACAAUAAAUGAUGAAUAUUUUGUAACUGUUCAAGCUACUGUAUAUGACAAAAAAAUUAAUCGUACAUUAUCAUCAAAUGAGCAUAAACUUUCAAUUAUCAUUGGUAAUCGUUCACCACAAUUUCAAUAUGACAAAUAUGACAUUGAAAUUAUGGAAAAUCAAGUCAAAGAUAAAACAAUAAUAAAAAUAAAUGCUACAUCAUUUACUUCAAUAUCAUCAAUUAAAUAUGAACUUAAAACAAAAAAUUCAAAAUCAGAUGGUUUUUUUACAAUCAAUGAAAAAAGUGGUGAAGUUAAAUUAGUCAAAGAUUUAGAUUAUGAAGAUCCACAUCAGCCAAAAGAACAUAAUCUUCAAGUAAUAGCAAAUGAAGUAUAUCAUAGUGAUAUUGAACCAUCAAGUGUUGAUUUAACAAUUUCUGUCAUUGAUAUUAAUGAUAAUUAUCCAAUUUUUGAAAUACCAGAUUAUCAAAUACGUAAUAUUGAUGAGGACAUACCAAUUGAUACAAGUAUUCUUCAAGUUAUUGUUAAAGAUGCAGAUAGUAAUGAAAAUGGAAUUAUUGAAUAUUCAGUAACAGAUGAUAAUUUUCGUAUUGAUAAUGCUGGUGUUAUAUAUAAUAAUAAAAAAUUAGAUGCUGAUUAUAAUAAAGCAUUAUAUAAAUUUGAAGUUAUUGCAAGUAAUCCAAUUGAUAUUACAAAAAAAACUUCAGCAAUUGUAAGAAUAUCAACAAACAAUAAAAACGAUGAAAUACCACAAUUUACAAAAGAUAAUUUUAUCUCUAGUAUUGAUGAAAAUGCACAAGCAAAUACAUUUGUUACAACAAUAAUUGCAUCUGAUAUUGAUAAUGACAUUGUCAAGUAUUCAUUUGAUAAUGAUAGAUUAACAUCUGGACCAUUUGAAAUUAAUGCAGAUACUGGUAUCAUUCGUCUUCGUAGUAAUCAUAAAUCAUUUGAUAAAGACAUGUAUGAAUUAACUGUAACAGCAAGUGAUGAUGGUAGUUGUUGCAUUGAUGGUAAAUCAAAAAUUCAUAAAAAUACAACACAAGUUAUUGUAUCAAUAACUGAUAUUAAUGAUAACAAGCCUGUGUUUGAUAAUUGCACAAUGUAUUCACCAAGUGUUAAAGAAUCACAACCAAUUGGUACAUCAGUUAUAACUGUAACAGCAACAGAUAAAGAUAUUGGAAUAAAUAAAAUUAUUAAAUAUAAAAUAAUAAGUAGUGGAGAUAAAUUUAAAAUUAAUGAAGAUACUGGUGAAAUAACAACAAAUGCUGAAUUAGAUAGAGAAGAAUUUAAAACAAUACCAAUAACAGUAAGAGCUAUUGAUUGUGGUAAAUAUCCAUUAGAAGGUUUUUGUUCAUUUAAAAUAAAUAUAAUUGAUAUAAAUGAUAAUCCACCAAUAUUUACAAAAACAAAAUAUGAAUUUUUUAUAAAUAAUGAUAUUAAAAUAAACUCAACAAUUGGUCGUGUAACAGCAACAGAUGCUGAUGCUGAUGAAAAUAGUAGAAUUAGUUAUUUUAAAUUAUCAGAAACAAAUGAUUGGAAAUAUUUUGAUCUUAAUACAAAAACUGGUUCAAUAAUAUUAAAAAAAUUGCCAGUAUUUGGUAAAAAAAAUUAUAAAAUUGAUAUAUAUGCAUCAGAUAAUGGUACACCAGUAUUAAAUUCAACAGUUGUUGAAGUUGCAAUAAGAAUUACAAAUGUUAAAAAAAGUUUGCCAAUAUGGAUACCAUCAGAAUAUGAGCCAUUUCAUGUUAAAGAAAAUCAUGGUGUUAAUACAAUUGUAAUGACAAUGAAAGCAGUAUCUGGUAUGGCAAGUAGUCAUAGAUUAACAUUUGAAAUAUUAUCUGGUAAAACACCAGAAACAAAUGGAUUACAUACAUUUAAAAUUAACAAACGUGAUAAAUUAGGUGAUGAUAAUUCAACAUUCAUUGAUAUUAUUCUUAAUAAUCAAUUACAUUGUGAACUUGUACCAAAUUAUACACUAACAAUUGAAGCAACAAAUGAUGAUGAAUUAAGAUCAUUAGCAAUAAUUACAAUGAUUGUUGAUGAUACAAAUGAUCAAGAACCAGCAUUUGGUAUUCGUUCUGAUAAAGAAACUAUUUUGGAAAAUAAACCAAUUGGUACUUUUGUAUUUAAACCUGAAAUAACUGAUAAAGAUGUUGUUUAUCCAUAUAAUUCAGUAACAUAUAAAAUAAUAAAACAAGAUAAUCCAUUUUUUACAAUAAAUGAAAAAACUGGUGAAGUAUAUACAAAUAAAGUAUUUGAUCAUGAAGAUAAUACUAUUCAGAAAUUACAGUUCAUAGAAAUUUUAGCAACUGAUGGAGCAAAUUCAACAAAACCAAAUGCCCAAGGACCCAAUACAGCUCAUAAAGAAUUUCGUAUUUUAAUUAUUGAUGCAAAUGAUAAUCUACCAUCAUUUAAUCAAACAUUAUAUACUGGACAAGUUGAAGAAAAUUCUGAUAGAAUGACAAAAGUAUUACAAGUAUUUGCAAGUGAUCCAGAUGAAUUAGAUGUAUUACAAUAUGAAAUAAUUGAUGGUAAUACACGUGGUGAAUUUUUAAUUGAUCGUGAAACUGGUGAAAUAUUUGUAUUUGGUACAAUUGAUUAUGAAACUAAAACAAAAUAUAAUUUGACAAUAAGAGCAACUGAUUCAUCAAAUAAUUGUGUGUCAACUGUAUUGAUUGAUGUUAUUGAUAAAAAUGAUAAUAUACCAGUUUUUGAUAAAUCAAAUUAUAUUGCUUAUAUAACAGAAGAAGAUGAUAAAAAUUUACCAAAAUUUGUAUUAAAUGUAUCAUCAAUUGAUGGUGAUAAAGGUCGUCCUCAAAAACAUCGUUAUUCUAUAAAUCAUAAUAAAUUUAAAAUUGUACAAAUUGAUGAAAAAACUGGUGCUUUAUAUAUACUUGAAAAAUUAGAUCGUGAUCCACCUCAUGGACAGCCACAAUUACAUUUUACAGUUUAUGCACAUGAUGAAGAUGGUCCUGAUGGAUCAAUAGGUGUUGCUGAUAUUACAAUUAAUGUUAAAGAUAUUAAUGAUAAUUUUCCAUAUUUUUCAAAAAGUAUUUAUGAUGCUCAAGUUAAAGAAAAUGGUACAAAAGGACUUAAUGUUAUGAUGAUAAGUGCAGCUGAUGAUGAUGAUCCAUUAGAAGGUGAUAAUGCUAAAUUAACAUAUUCGAUAUCGAAAAAUGAACGUGAUCCUAAAAGUGGUGCUGAUAUAUUUGAAAUUGAACCAACAAGUGGACAAAUUAAAACAGCAAUAUGUUGUUUAGAUUAUGAAGAAAAACGUGAUUAUUCAAUUCAAGUUAUUGCUGAAGAUGGUGGUAAACAUCAAGCAACAGCAACAGUAUCAAUUCGUAUUAUUGAUGUUAAUGAUAUGCCACCAAGAUUUACCAAUGAAACAUGGUAUGUUAGUGUUUCUGAAACAGACACUGUUAAUUUACCAAAAUCAUCAAUUUUAACAGUUACAGUUGAGGAUGAAGAUGAAAAAGAAAGUAAUUUAUUUGAAUAUAAAAUUAUUGAAAAUAAUCCUGGUAAUGGUGCUGAUAGAUUUAGUAUAGAAACAAAUAAAGAUGGUAGUGGUUCAUUAAAAAUUAAAAAAUAUCUUGAUUAUGAAAAUGAAAUACAUAAAAAAGGUUUUAAAUUUUUAAUUCAAGUUAGUGAUAAAGGUACAAAUGACGAUGAUAAAUAUCACGUUGCAUAUUCUUGGGUCAACAUAACACUAAUUGAUAAAAAUGAUAAUAAGCCACAUUUUGAAAAUCCAAUAACAUCUGUUGAUGUAUCAGAAGAUAAAAAAAUUGGUACAAUAAUUGGUGAAAAAUUCACAGCAACUGAUCCUGAUAAUGAUGGAAAAAAUAAUAUAACAUAUUUUAUUGAACGUAGAAGUAAUUUUCAUAUUGAUAAUAAUGGUAUUGUUACAAUUAAAAAAAUGCUUGAUCGUGAAAAAGAAUCAAUACAUUAUGUUGCAAUAUUAGCUAUUGAUAAUGGUGUACCAGCAUUAACAGCAACAACAACAUUGACUGUUACUGUUACUGAUGUAAAUGACAAUGCACCAAGACUACGUGAAAAUACAGCUAUGUUAAAAGAAAAUUCACCACCAACAAAUAACAUAAUAACACUAACAGCAAUUGAUGAUGAUGACAAAACAAAAGGUAAUGGACCACCAUUUAUAAUUGGUCUUGAUAUAAAUGCAUCUGAUGAAAUUAAAAAUAAUUUUGAUGUUAAAUAUGAAAAUAAAGACGAUGGUAUUGCAAUUGUAUCAUCAUUAAAAAUACUUGAUCGUGAAUUUAAAAAAGAAUAUUACAUUCCAAUUGUCAUAAAGGAUAAUGGUAAACCAACAAUGACUGGUACAAGUACAUUGACUGUUAUAAUUGGUGAUACUAAUGACAAUCCAAUGUCAUAUGGUUCAAAAAAUAUAUUAGUUUAUCAGUAUGAUGAUAAACCAAUUGACACUGAUAUUGGAAAAGUUUAUGUUAAUGAUCUAGAUGACUGGGAUACUGAUAAAACCUUCAAGUUUGAAGAUGAGCUUGAUCAUUCACCAUUUAGCUUAACUGAAACAACUGGUAUGAUUAGAAUGAAAUUAGAAAAACCUUUAUCUAAUUAUGGACUUAAUUUUGAGGUCAAAGAUUAUCAAACAAGUGUUACAGCUCAUGUUACAAUUGAUGUUAAAAAAAUAACACAUGAAGCUAUUAUUAAUUCAGGAUCAAUGAGAAUAUCUGGUGUUUCGUAUGAUGAUUUUAUUAAAAUUAAUAACCAAGGCAAAAGUAAAUUAAAUUUGUUCAUAGAAAAACUAUCAGUAUUGUUGAAUGUUGAUCCAAAUUAUAUUGAUGUAUUUAGUGUACAACAACAACAAAAAAAUCCAUCACAAACUGACAUAAGAUAUUCAGUUAAAAAUCCACUUGAUAUAACACAUGAAAAAUUAACAAAUAGUAAACAUGAACAUGGUGUAAUUUAUUAUCAGCCAGUUAAAUUAAAUGGUAUUGUAUCAAUGCAUCGUGAAGAAAUUGAACGUGAUGUUGGUAUUAAUAUAUUAAUGGUGGGAAUUGAUGAAUGUCUGACUGAAAAUAAUUAUUGUGGUGGUAGUUGUACAAAUAGACUUGAUAUCAGGGGUACUCCAUAUGUUGUUGAUAUGAAUUCAACAUCAUUAGUUGGUGUAUAUGUAAAAGUAACUGCUGAAUGUACAUGUGCUGCUAAAACUUUAAACAAUGAAAAUACUUGUGAAACAAUGCAUUGUUAUAAUGGUGCUAAAUGUAUUGAAACAAAGUAUGGAGCAAAAUGUGAAUGUGCAGCUGGUUAUGAUGGACCAAGAUGUCAAUUAACAACAAGAAGUUUUAAAGGUAAAGGUUGGGCUUGGUAUCCAUCAUUUGAAAUGUGUGAAAAUAAUCAUCUUAGUUUUGAAUUUAUCACAAAUAAUUCAACUGGACAAUUGUUAUAUACUGGACCAAUUGGUCCACCAAAAUUAAAUAGUCCUGAGACAUCACAUUUUAUAUCAAUUGAAUUGAUUAAUGGUUUACCAAAGCUAUUAAUAAAUUUUGGAACAGAAAUUAUUGAACUAAGUAUCAAAAAUAAUAAUCAAAAUUUAUUAAAUGAUGGUGAAUGGCACAGAUUGGAUGUUACAUGGAAUCUUUAUAAUAUUGAAUUAAUUGUUGACAUGUGUAAAAAUGAUAAAUCAUCAUGCUAUGAAACUGCUCCAGUUCCAUUGUCAAAUGAUUAUUAUUUAAGUAUAAAUGGACCAGUACAAAUUGGUGGUUUAAAUAUUGCAAGUAAUACAAUUGAACAACACAAAUGGAAAAAAUCACCAAAAGGUAUUGGUUUUGAUGGUUGUAUUAAAAAUAUAAUUUACAAUAGUAAAAUAUAUGAUCUUGGACUUCCUGGAUUUUCAAAAGAAUCAUGGCCUGGUUGUUCACAAGUUGAUGAUAUUUGUAAUAAACAUUAUUUAAAUAAAUGCUGGGAACAUGGUAUUUGUGUUGGUACUUUUACAAAACCAAAAUGUCAAUGUGACAUUGGUUGGUCUGGUACAUACUGUAAUGAAAAAACAAUUCAAUCAACAUUUAAUGAAAAAAGUUACAUUAAAUAUGAAUUAUUAUUUGAGCCUGAUAGUUAUUCUACAAAUGUACAAUUUAAUUUUCGUACAAGACAAUUAAAUGGUGAAUUAUUUAGAAUAAAUGAUAAACGUAAAUUUAAAUAUGCUGUUAUUGAAAUAAUUGAAAGUCAUUUAUUAUUUCGUUUUAAUUUAAAUGAUAAAUCAAUUGAUGAACAUAAAAUAUGGCUAAGUGAUGUUAAAGUUAAUGAUGGACAAUGGCAUACUGUUAAAGUAUCAAGAUAUGGUUCUGCUUGUAUGAUUGAGCUUGAUGGUGGUGAAGGAAUAAGAUCCAAUGAAACAAUAAUAUUUAAAGGACAACAAAAUUUUAUUAUUGAUAAAAAUGAUGGUGUUUAUGUUGGUGGUGUUGAGCCAUCUGGUACAUAUGAAGCUUAUGGUGAUUUUCAACAUGGAUGCAUGAGUGAUGUAAGAUUAGAUGAUAGACAUCUUCCUUUACCUCCAACACUCAUGAAAACUUCAGCUGCAAAUAUUGCGAGUUUUAAAAAUGUUGUUAGCCAAUGUUAUGAUGAUGAUAAUAAACAAUGUCAACCUCAUAUUUAUUGUAAAGAACCAUAUCAAUGUGUUGAUACUUGGAAUAAUAAUGUGUGUACUUGUGGCAUUGGAAAACAAUUGUCAUCAAAUAAUACAAUGUGCACUGAUAAAAAUGAGUGUCUUUAUCAUCCAUGUUUAAAUGAUGGACAAUGUAUCAAUCAAGAUUCACCAAUGAUUUAUCAAUGUCAUUGUAUAAAUAAUUUCAUGGGUCAUAAUUGUGAAUUAGUUGAAAUACCAAACACAUCUUUGUUGAUUGUAUUUAGUUAUAUGCCUGUUACCAUAAUAGUGCUUUGUAUAAUACUCUUCAUUUUAUUACUUUAUAUAGUUAAGAUAAAAAGACGUGAAAAACCUAUGAUGGAUACUGAAAUGAAAGAGUUGCCUCGUGAUAAAUUAUUACCAUAUGAAAGUGAAGGUGGUGGAGAAGAAGAUACUGAUAAAUUUGAUAAAGGCAUACUGCUUAAUGCAAAAUAUAAUCCACUGCCAACCAAAGAAUCUGAUCAACCUGUUACAAGUUCUUGCAAUAAUGAACCAUUACCACCAGGUGUUUCUGAUUUUAUUGAUGAUAGAAUGACAAAUACUGGAGCACUACUUGCACCAGAUAAUACCACGAAAUAUGCUUAUGAGGGAGAUGGAAAUUCUAUGGGUUCAUUGUCAUCAUUGUCAACAGAGGGUGAACCAGAUGAGCUAUCUAAUAUUUUACCAAAUGAACCAAAAUUCAGAGAGCUUGCUGAUAUUUUAGAGCAGAUUGAUGAUGAUGAUGAUGAUGAUAAUGAUGAUGAUGAUGGUGGUGGUGGUGGUGGACAAAUCAGUCACUCAGUUUAUGUUUAAUUAUAGACUGUGUAAACAAUAUUGUGCUCUUGUAUUAAUUAAUUAUUUUUAUGACUGUAGAUUAAAUUAUAUAUUAAUUCAUUUUAGUUAAAU